CGAUUGUACAAUCAUUGUUUUCUGAACGCAGCCACAUGGUUUUCAUGCUAUUCGUGCUAUAAUCUGAUCUUUUUUCAUAUAUUAAGACCGGAUAAAAAAGAACAUGCUAUUGUUGCAAUUUCUAUUGAUUUUAUUUACAUAUUGUUUUAUGUGUCUCUAUUAAAAUUUUGUAUUAAAGAGCUUGCUGUAUUACUAUACUUUUGACACAAUGGCUAAGUCACAUGCCACUAAUAAAGCCCCCCGAAAGGAGGGCUUUAAACGUUCAGGACAUUCUAUGAAUCCUGAACGUAGUACAAAAGGAUUAAAAGGAGUUGCUAAAGUACGGACGAAAGGAACUAUUAAAAGACUACAGAUGUAUCGUAAUCAGAAACCAAAACGUAAUCGUAUUGGGGAGAUCAUUAGUCCGGCGCCAUUUCAAGGCUGGAAUGCUUCUGGAACUAUGUCACGCGUUGAGCCGUCGCAGAGAUGGUUUGGUAAUUCGAGAGUCAUCUCGCAAAAUGCUUUGCAAAAAUUUCAGAAUGCAUUAGGAGCUGUUAUGAAGGAUCCUUAUAAAGUUAUUAUGAAACCUACUCAAUUGCCAAUAACUUUGCUUCAGCAAAAGGCAGCUAACGCAAGAGUACAUCUGCUAGAUACAGAAAGCUUUGAAAGCACUUUUGGUCCAAAGAAAAUUAGAAAAAGACCGAAUUUGUCAGCAACAUCGUAUGACGAAUUAAAAAAAUUGGUUGAAGACAAAGAAGAUACUUAUAAUGAGAAGAAGGAUUCCAAAGAUUAUGACCUUGUUCGUGAGGAUACUGGUGUAAGAGAUGCACAGAGAGAUUGGAUCAUGUCCGCGGGACAAAGCAAAAGGAUAUGGAACGAGCUGUACAAAGUUAUUGAUUCCUCCGACGUUAUUUUGCAAAUAUUGGAUGCGAGGGAUCCAAUGGGAACUAGAUCUCCUCCUGUGGAAAAAUAUCUGAAAACUGAGAAACCUUAUAAACAUUUGAUAUUCAUCCUAAACAAAGUAGACCUAGUGCCAACGUGGGUCACGCAAAGAUGGGUAGCGAUUCUGAGCAAAGAAUGUCCAACAGUUGCCUUUCACGCAUCCUUGACACAUCCCUUUGGCAAAGGUUCUUUGAUAAAUCUCCUGAGGCAAUUUGCAAAAUUGCAUGUUGAUAAACAGCAGAUUAGCGUUGGCUUCAUAGGAUAUCCCAAUACAGGCAAGAGUUCCAUUAUAAAUACUCUGCGUUCCAAAAAGGUUUGCAAAGUAGCGCCUAUAGCCGGAGAGACAAAAGUAUGGCAGUAUAUAACUCUCAUGCGUCGUAUCUAUUUGAUUGAUUGUCCCGGCGUCGUUUAUCCAUCGACAGAGACCGACACGGAGAAAGUAUUAAAAGGAGUCGUGAGAGUGGAACUCGUUCAGAAUCCAGAGGAUUACAUUACUUCCGUCCUAGAAAGAGUAAAACCGGAAUACAUACGUAAAACGUAUAAGAUAGACACAUGGACAGAUCAUGUCGAUUUCUUGGAAAAAUUGGCACGUCGAAGCGGCAAGCUUCUGAAGAAAGGAGAACCUGAUAUCACGAUCGUCGCACGUAUGGUGCUCAAUGAUUGGCAGCGCGGUAAAUUGCCUUUUUACGUUGCACCAGUUGGUUUUGAGGAACCAUCGUCAGAUCAAACAAUUAAUACAAAUGAAACAAUUGACAUACAAGAUAAUACAUUAAAAGUCACUAAUAAUGAAAAUAUACAAAAAACCGAUAACUCACCUCCAAUAGAAAUAUCAAAAAGUCAGCUAACAGUGACACAAGAUUUUAGAAAAAUACGUGUUGGAUUGCCAUAUUCAGGCAACGAUAUUAAGAACCUAGAACAGGAUAAAUCUUUCAGUGAAAGUAUUGCAGAAGAUGAUAGCAGUAUGGAAAGUGAGUCGGAAUUAGAGGAUUCAGAAAAUACAAAAAUACAGAAUGAUUUAUAUAUAGCAAAAAAUAAGUCCGAUAAUGAUUUACAAAAUGCAGAAAAUUUUAAUAAUGAAGGCGAUAAGGAAAGUUCUUCGAAUAACAGUAAUAACACAAAGAAAAAUGAAUUGGAAGAAAAGUAUAAGGAUUCAGAAAUUCUUUUAUCUACUAAGCAAGAUAAUUUGAAGAACCUAGAUGAUUCUAGCGAUAUCGAAAUAUUGUCUUCUAAAGCGAUCGUAGAUAGUAAAAAGAAAAUCUCACCAACUUCUUUCGAAAAAAUGAAAAAUGAUUUAACAAGCAAGCAACGAAAGGCUAUAAAAUGCCCUAUUAAAAAAAGAAAGAUCGACAGCAAUUUCUAUAACAUCACGAAUGAAAAAGUGAAAAAUGGAAAUAAAAACAGGAAAGUUCUCAAAGAUGCAAAGAUACAGAAUGAUUUGUAUGUAGCAGAAGAUAAAUCCGAUAAUGACUUACAAAAAGUAGAACAUUUUAAUAAUCAAGGCGAUAAAGAAAGUUCUUCAAAUAAUAGUAAUAACGCAGAAAAAAAUGAAUUCGAUAUGGGAGAAAAGUAUAAGGAUCCUAAUUGGGAAAUUUUUUCACCUAUUGAGCAAGAUAAUCUGAAGCAAAACAUUUUUGAUAUCAUAGAUGAUGAAUAUGAUUCUAGCGAUAUCGAAAUGUCUUCUAAAGCAAUGUCAAGUAGUGAAAAGCAAAUCUCACUAACUUCUUCCAAAAAGAAAGAUUUAACAAGCAAGCAACGAAGAGCUAUAGAACGCGCUGUUAAAAGAAAAAAAAUCGGCAGCAAUUUCUACGAAGUCACGAAUGUGAAGAAUAGGAAUAAAAACAGGAAAGUUCCCAAGAUCAAAAGAAAAUAAUAAAUUAAUUCUAAACUAAGUUAUAUCAAUUUUAAAUAAAUGUAAAAAAAAGGAAAAAUGAGCAAAAGAAAGCAUAAAAUAUAUAUUUUAUAUUUGUAAAUUUUCUAAAUCAUACAUCCAUUUCUGUAACUAGUUUCGUUCUACCGGUUCUUAUAUAGAAGA